UUUAUGUGAAGAUCAUGCACAAUGCGCUUCGUUGUAGAGUGCCAUAAACCCUAGAGAUUCAUUUAACAUUUAGUUGUCGAGACGCCAAAUUUUUUUAGAAGCAGCACCUUUUGUUUUGCUGCAGAGAUCGAAUGGGUUCGAAGUCGAAGGGAUGCUUCGGGUGGUUCAUUCUGUUUGUGAUUGUGGCUGUUAUUGCCGGAGCUGUAGCUCUCAUUUUAGUAAAGAAAUCUCAUCAUUCAAAGGGACAUGUUUCUCCCGUUGCAGGGCCUCCCGGCGCCAUUGGCAAGAAAUACGCAGACGCCCUUAAAAUCUCUCUGCAAUUUUUCGAUGUACAGAAAUCUGGUAAGUUGGUUGAUAACAAGAUAUCUUGGAGAGGGGAUUCGGCUUUAGAUGAUGGACAAGAAGAGGAUCUAGAUCUGUCAAAAGGAAUGUAUGAUGCUGGUGAUCACAUAAAGUUUGGUUUUCCUAUGGCUUUCACAGCAACUGUGUUGUCAUGGGCCAUACUUGAAUAUGGAGAUCAGAUGAGUGCAGUCAAGCAGCUGGAACCUGCUCAAGAGUCACUCAAAUGGAUAACUGAUUACCUGAUCAAUGCCCAUCCUUCUGCGAAUGUGCUCUAUAUUCAGGUGGGUGAUCCUGAAGCAGACCAUAAGUGUUGGGAGCGACCUGAAACCAUGUCUGAGAAAAGGCCUCUUACACAGGUGAAUAAAUCUUCUCCAGGGACAGAAGUUGCAGCAGAAACUGCAGCUGCUAUGGCAGCAGCUUCUCUGGUGUUCAAGACUGCCGAUUCCACGUACUCGGGAUCGCUUCUUAAGCAUGCCAAACAACUAUUCACUUUUGCAGAUACUCACAAAGGUUCUUAUAGUGUCAGCAUCCCUGAAGUUCAGACAUACUAUAACUCUACAGGAUAUGAAGAUGAGCUCUUGUGGGCUGCUAGCUGGCUCUAUCAUGCCACUGGAGACGACUCAUACCUCAAAUAUGUCACUGUACAACAUGGAAAAGCCUUUGCGAAUUGGGGAAAUCCAACAUGGUUUAGCUGGGAUGACAAGCUUGCAGGAACUCAGGUUCUGUUGUCCAGGUUACACUUAUUUGGUGCAAAAGAGGCCUCAGAUGCAGAGAACGAUGGCCUCCAGAUGUACAGGAAAACAGCUGAGGCUGUUAUGUGUGGUCUCCUGCCAGAUUCCCCAUCAGCCACAACCAGCAGAACAGAUGGUGGUCUGAUAUGGGUCAGUGAGUGGAAUGCUCUUCAGCAGCCUGUUGCAUCUGCAUUCCUAGCUGUUCUUUACAGUGAUUACAUGCGUGCAUCGUCAACUGAAAGUCUUGAUUGUGAUGGGCAGUCGUUCACUCCAGAAGACCUCCGCACAUUUGCCACUUCCCAGGCUGGUUAUGUGUUGGGGGACAAUCCAAUGGAAAUGAGCUUUCUUGUUGGGUAUGGGAGUAAGUAUCCACAAUAUGUACAUCACAGGGGAGCUUCAAUUCCAGAAGAUGCAGAUACUGGCUGCAAAGGUUUCAAAUGGCUUUCCUCAACUAAACCUAAUCCCAAUGUUGCCAUUGGAGCACUUGUGGGUGGACCCUUCCUUAAUGAGACCUAUAUUGAUUCCCGUAACAACUCCAUGCAAGGGGAACCAACUACUUACAACUGUGCUGUUAUGGUCGGGCUCCUCUCAGGAUUGGUCACCACCGCCUCUGUGGUCUCAUCUUUCACAUAAAUCAGACCAACUAAUUGUGACCACUAUUUGUUGUGUUAUAUGUGAUUUUGUAUAUUUUUGGAUGGUGCCUCAUACAAUGGCUUUUUAUGUACAAUAGAUCUCAUGUAUUUUAAGAUUUCAUUAUAAAU